CUAGUUCAGCAGUGGAGCGAAAACGAACAGACUUCUGGAUUGUUUGCUGGAUAGAAAUACUGCGUUCUGAUUGGUACAUGUUCAAAAAUGGACAUGACAAUUCACCUAUCAAAACGCAAUAUUUCCAUCCAGCACGAAAACAAGCAUCGUGUGCUGCUGGCUUUAUUUCGAUUAGAUCCAAAACUCAGCGCACGUGAUGUUGAAAGUUGUGUCCGAUUUUUACAAAAGCGAAUUUGUACCCCUUAAAUUGUUACAUAUUCUUACGUGAUGUAACUUUGUGCGGCUGUUUUCAAAUAUUUUUAUAAAAUGGAAAAGUGCAGAAUAUGUGGCUCUGCUGAUUUCUAUAAGGAUUCCGGUUAUUUUUUCUGUGUAACAUGUCAAACGCAAAACGAGGAUAUCAGAGAAGAAAUAUUAGAAGUACGUAUAGAUGAUACUACAAAAUUGAGGAAAACGAGAAUUCGUUGUGCGAGACGCAGCAGAACAGAUGAGGAGCUUGGAUGGACAUCAUGGGAACUUUACAAUUUUGUUUUGGUUGGUUUAACGAAUGAACUUAUUGAACUUGGUGCACCAGUAGAUAUAAAAGUUACAGUAUUACAAUUAUGGGCAAGAUAUCUUGGGAAAUUAGAAGUAGCUUUUAUAUCAACAAAAAGGAAACUUGUACCAAAAUUAGCUAGAAAAUAUAAAAAAAGAGAUGCUGAAAUUAUAUAUGGUAAAAUUUUCACCCAGGAAAAAACUAGAAAACGAAAGAAAACUGAUAGUGUAAUAAGUUCUAAAGCUUCUACUUAUCAAAGUGAAGGAAGUUCUUUAAAAGAAUUAAAUAGGAAUAAAAGACUUAUGAUUACUGCUGACUAUGAUAGGUUAAUGCAGUCACAAGCAAGUUCAGAUGGAGAUGCACUUAGUGGAUUUAAUCAAAGUGGUUACAGUGCGCAGUUCACUACAGGGCAAUCUUCUGAGAACCAUGGAAGGAUACAUUUCAAUUCUUCUGCUAAAGAUGAAAUGAGGAAAGUAAGAAACAUGGCGAAGAAAAUACCACGAAAUAAACGCAGUAAAUAUAAAGAAAGUUACAUAACUAAUCAAUAUAAAAUGGGACCAGAGUUAAUUACACCCAUGAAGUUAUGGGCAAUCUUAUAUUUGGCCUUAAGAAUCCACAAUAAUGAUAUGCAGUUAGGCGACAUGCUAAGAUAUGGAAGAGAAGGGCAUUUAUCCUAUUAUAAAUUGGAUCACUUGAUCCCUCCUGAAGUAACUUUGAAAAGAAGUGACUUAAAUUUCUUAUCACGAGUUAUGGAUAUAACGCACAAGGGAAUGAGAAGAAUAAUUGGAAGUAUGGCGACAUUUCUUGGAGUCACAAAAAUAAUAUGCCCAAAUUUCUCCUCACUUAUCAACCGAUAUUGCAUCGAAUUAGAAUUACCAAGGGGCAUAUCGCUAUACGGAGAAAGAUUAGUGGCUUUGUCCCCUCCAAAGAUGAAAUUUGAUAAAAAGUCCUACAUCCCAAAUUAUGAAGGUCGUGCCAUGGCUUUUAUUAUUGUAAUAUUGAAAACAUUAUUUGCUUUGGAUGGCAUCACAGAAUAUGAAGUUAGUAAUUUUGCUGACAAAGUUAAUAGUGCAAUCAACGAUGAAAGUAUUUAUAUGACGAAAUUAUUCAAUUUCCGAGAAUGGCAAAGGCAUAUCGAAUGUAGACGGACCGUCUUGGCUAAUAUGCAUUUUCCCACAAAGUUGAAAUAUAAUCUGAAUAUACCAGUCGUUGAUAGUCUAUAUUUAAAAUUUUUGGAGUCGAUAAAUUCCAAAACGGACAGGGAGAAACCUGAGAUAACCACAUAUAAACAUUUAAUAUCGAGUGAACUUGUUCACGCGAUGAAACAGUGUAUUACCAACGUAAAUCAUAUCGAUUUACCACUGAACGAAAUAAACGUAUUUGCUCCUUCAUUAACGCCACAUCGUUCAUAUAUUUUACAGUUGUUAGAACAUCUACAAUACGAUCUUCCAAAUAUACUUAGAAAAGAUUUCUAUUCUACAAAAGUUGGAUAUAUGACAAAACCAGAAUCUAUCUACGAUUUGGCUCGACGUUACGAGAUACAAUUGAAUUUUAUUGAUUCAAAUUUGCAUUUUAUUGAGAAGACCGUACCUUUUUACGAGCAGAUGAAAAUGGCCAGUAUAAAGGAUUUGAAAGACUGUGUUGAGAUAUAUGAUUAUAUGGAAGAGGAAAUCAGAAGUGAUGAACAGAAGGCAGAUUUUAACGACUAUUUACACAAGAAAAUACCUUGUCAACUUAAAAUUGAUAUAAAGAAAAAACAGUAUUACGAUGAGGCUUGUAAUACAAAUGUAAAAAUUCCUCCAUUAGUAUCACCCACUGAAUUCAUAUUUCACGAGACUUUUGUAGAUGGUAAAUUGUCGAUCUCAGAUAGAAAUGAUAAUGGAGAUUUUAAAGAUGCAGAUUCUCAAGAUACUCAUGUAAACGAUAUUUUUCUUGAAGAGGCAAAAUCAUCAUCAUUAUCAAAGUUUUGUAAAAUAUAUAAUUUAAAUCUCUCCGAUACAGAAAAAACAGCUAUGACCAAAAAUGUAUGUUUGGAAAAGAAGCAGAAACGUCGAUCCCUGAGAGGUACAGACGGUAAAUUUGUUAAGCAAAACAAUGUCCUUUUGGAACAAAAUAUUGAUAAUUCAAACGAAGAUCGUACACAUUGUACAGAACAAACCAAGGCAAAUCCAUACAUACACAAAGUAAUUGAGAAUAUAUUACCAGAGAUUUUAGAUAUUUGUAAUUUGAAUGACACAUUAAUGUUUAAUGAUAUUGCGAAGAUUGAAGUUGGACACGAUAAUCAGCCUGAGAAUUCUCGAAAAAUAGUUGAAGUAGCUAUGGAUAAAUUCUCCUAUAUAUUAGAUAAAAAAACUGAUGACACUUUUAAAUUAUUUAGGCCAUUUAAGGAUUAUUGGAUGUAUCGUUGUAACUUUAGUCGCGUGAAGCCAAAGAAUUUCGAAUUGUUCGAGAAAACGCUGCCGAGAAGCUUCAGAUGGUUAUUGAAUGAAUGUGCAAGCGUCGUAGAAAUGUCAUCGGAAGAUUUAUACGAAGAAGUGUGCCUCGUUGAAGCUUAUUAUGCAAAUGUUUCCGAUCAACUGGAAAUUCGCACGAAUGCAAAGAUUGAAAACGCAAUUCUGAAAAAAUGGUAAAACAAAAUGGAUGGAAAAUAAAGUCAAGAUUUGUGAUACAGUUGGUCAAUAUAAUAUCUUUUUUCCAUACAUAACGGUCUUUUUUCUUACGAAUUCCAACAUGUCUCAUUGAAAUAUAUCAUAGUAAUUUAUAACGAUUUUUAGAUCAACUUAAAAUCUGCGUGCACAAAUUAACAUAUUUCAUAAAAUCAAAGCAAAAUCUGUGUGCAGAUAUUCUUUAUGUAAUGGAGCAAAUAUU